AUGAGGGCGGUUGUGCUUGCCGUGGCUCUGGCCUUCGUGGCUUGUGAACCUCAUAACUUUGCUCCUGAGUUUGCUGCUGGUAAGACCUAUGUGUAUAAGUAUGAGACUUUGCUCCUGGGCGGUCUGCCAGAGAAAGAUCUGGCCAGAGCUGGACUCAAAAUCAGCAGUAAAGUUCUCAUCAGUGCCACAGCUGAAAAUAAACUAAUGUUGAAGCUUUUGGAACCUGAGCUCUAUGAGUUCAGCGGCAUCUACCCCAAGGAUCAGUUAGUCCCAGCAACCAAGCUGACAUCUGCCCUGGCAGCUCAGCUCUUGACUCCCAUCAAGUUCGAGUAUGCCAACGGUGUUGUUGGAAAAAUGUUCGCCCCUGAGGGAAUUUCAACAAUGGUGCUGAAUGUCUACAGAGGUAUCCUGAACGUCCUUCAGCUCAACAUCAAGAAAACACAGAACGUCUAUGAGAUGCAGGAGGCUGGAGCUCAGGGUGUGUGCAAGACCCUCUAUGCCAUCAGUGAAGAUGAAAAGGCUGAACGUAUCCUUCUUACAAAGACCAGGGAUCUGAACCACUGCCAGGAGAAGAUCAUGAAGGAUAUGGGGUUGGCAUACACUGAGAAAUGUGCAAAGUGCCAGCAGAAUUCAAAGAACCUUAGAGGAGCUACAGCAUACAACUACGUCUUGAAGGCUGUUCCUAGCGGCAUAUUGAUCCUGGAGGCCACAGUCAAUGAGCUGAUCCAGUUUUCACCUUUCACUGAGAUGAACGGAGCUGCCCAGAUGGAGACAAAGCAAUCCUUGGUCUUCCUUGAAAUUCAGAGGGCCCCUAUUGUACCCAUCACAGCUGAGUAUCUCCACCGUGGAUCUCUCAAGUAUGAGUUCUCCACUGAGCUUCUUCAGACACCCAUUCAGCUCAUCAAGAUCACCAAUGUACAGACCCAGAUUGUGGAGAUUCUGAAUCAUCUGGUUACCCACAACGUGGAAAGAGUCCAUGAAGAUGCUCCUCUGAAAUUUUUGGAACUCAUUCAGCUCCUCCGUGUUGCCCACUUUGAAGACCUGGAAGUGCUCUGGAGCCGCUACAGAACCAACCCUGCCUACAGACAGUGGAUCUUGGAUGCUAUCCCCACCAUUGGAACUCCUGUGGCUCUGAAGUUCAUCAAGGAGAAAUACCUGGCCAAUGAACUAACAACUGCUGAAGCUGCUCAGGCUCUGAUUACAUCUGUUCACAUGGUGACAGCAGACACUGAGGCCAUCAAGCUGGUUGCGGACCUGGCAGUCAACCACAUGAUAGUGGAAAGACCAGUUCUACGUGAGAUCGUCCUCCUCGGCUAUGGUACCAUGAUUUCAAAACACUGCGCUGAGAAGAUUGUCUGCCCUGCUGAACUUAUAAGGCCCAUCCAGGACCUGCUUACAGAGGCUGUUGCUAAAGAUGAGACCCAGAAUAUCAUCCUACUCCUGAAGGUUUUGGGUAACGCUGGCCACCCUACUAGCCUUAAGCCAAUCACAAAGAUCCUGCCAAUCCACGGCACUGCUGCUGCAGCUCUGCCCAUGAGAGUCCAUGCUGAUGCCAUCAUGGCUUUGAGGAACAUUGCAAAGAAAGAGCCCAGAAUGAUCCAGGAACUGGCUCUUCAGCUCUACAUGGACAAGGCUCUUCACCCAGAGCUCCGUAUGCUUGCUUGCAUUGUGCUGUUUGAGACAAGGCCUCCAAUGGGAUUGGUAACAACUCUUGCCAACAUUGUGAAGACAGAGCCGAAUCUGCAAGUAGCAAGCUUCACUUACUCUCACAUGAAGUCCCUGACCAGGAGCACUGCCACUAUCCAUGCCUCACUUGCUGCAGCUUGCAACGUCGCUGUCAAGAUCUUGAGCCCAAAGCUGGACAGGCUGAGCUUGCGUUUCAGCAAAGCUAUCCACGCAGACAUCUAUAACAAUCCCUUGAUGCUUGGUGCUGCUGCCAGCGCUUUCUACAUCAAUGAUGCUGCCACCAUUCUGCCCAGAUCUAUUGUGGCUAAGACCAGUGCCUACCUUGCUGGAGCUGCUGCCGAUGUCCUGGAGGUUGGAGUGAGAACUGAGGGAAUCCAGGAGGUUCUCCUGAAAAACCCUGCACUCAUUGACAAUGUUGACAGGAUCACCAAGAUGAAACGUGUCAUUAAGGCUCUCUCUCAGUGGAGGGCUCUGCCCACCAGAACACCUCUGGCUUCUGUCUACAUUAAGUUCUUCGGACAAGAAAUUGCCUUUGUCAACAUUGACAAAGUCUUGAUUGACCAGGCCAUUGCGCUCACUACUGGACCUUCUGCUCAGACAUUUGGCAUGAAUGCCAUCAAGACUGUGUUGUCUGGUGCUUCCUUCAACUUUGCUAAGCCUCUGCUGGCCACUGAGGUGAGGCGCAUCCUGCCAACUGCUGCUGGUCUUCCAAUGGAGCUCAGUCUUUACACUGCUGCUGUGGCUGCUGCAGCUGUUAAGGUCAAAGCCACCACAAAACCAGCUCUGCCAGAGAACUUCCAUCUUUCCCACCUGUUGAAGACUGACAUUCAGUUUGAUACUGAGCUCAGACCAAGCAUUGCUGUGAACACAUUUGCUGUGAUGGGAGUUAACACUGCCAUGCUCCAGGCUGCUGUGCUAUCAAGAGCUAAACUCAACACCAUUUUGCCCACCAAAAUCGCUGCAAGACUUGACAUCAACGAGGGCCACUUUAAGAUCCAAGCUCUGCCUGUUUCUGUGCCUGAACACAUUGCAGCUGUGAAUGUUGAGACUGUUGCUCUGGCAAGAAACAUUGAGGAUCUAGCUGCCACUAAAAUCACUCCCAUCAUCACUGCCAAAGUCUUGGAUUACAUCUCCCGGGAGAAACUCACAUCUAAGAUCAUUUCAUCUACUUCUGUGUCAAAAUCCUCAGAGAUCCUUAACGAGGAUGUGUCAGCUCCCAUCUCCAUUAAAACACCCAGAGCAGUUCAGUUUGCGAAGAAGUAUUGUGUCAAAGCUGUUGGACUGAAUGGCUGUCUGAAGGUUGCCACUGAAAACGCUGCCUCCAUCCAGGACAUUAUCCUUUACAAACUGGCCGGAAAGCACUCUAUUACUCUUUCCUUGACACCAAUUACUGGUGAGGCCAUUGAGAGACUGGAGAUUGAGAUUCAAAUUGGACCAAAGGCUGCAGAGAAGCUCAUUAAAAAGAUCAACCUGAGUGAAGAAAUCAUCAACGGAAGACCGGCCCUGAUGAAGCUCAAGAAAAUCCUGGUUCCUGGUCAGAGGAAUGUCACCUCAUCUUCCUCCAGCUCCAGCAGCUCUCGCUCAAGCCUUAGCUCAAGAUCCUCCUCCAGCUCCUCAUCUCGUGUAAGCAGCAAGGCUGUUGAUGUAGCCCGUAAACUUCGCAGCAGCAGCAGCAGCAGCAGCAGCAGAAGCAGCAGCAGCAGCAGCAGCAGCAGCAGCAGCAGAAGCAGCAGCAGCAGCAGAAGCAGCAGCAGCAGCAGCAGAAGCAGCAGACUCAGCUCCUCAAGAUCUUUGAGCAGGUCCAGCUCCGCAUCUAGCCUUGCAUCCCUCUUCAGUGCUAGCUCCAGUUCCUCUCGCUCCAGUGCUCGUGUCUCAAAGCGGGUGGUUUAUCCCCACAAGUUCAAGAAGAUCCACAAGAUGCAGGCUCUCACCUCUCAAGCAGUUUCCAAGAGCAGUGCUUCAAGCUUUGAAGCCAUCUAUAGCAAGAGAAAAUUCCUCAGCGAUGAAGUUGCUCCUACCUUUGCCAUCAUCGUCCGUGCCGUCACAGCUGAGAAGGUAAUGGGAUACGAACUGGCAGUCUACCUCGACAAAAUUAACACCAGACUUCAGGUUAUUCUGGCUUCCUUGGCUGCAGAUGACAACUGGAAACUCUGUGCUGAUGGAGUUCUGCUUAGCAAGCACAAAGUCACAGCUAAAGUUGCCUGGGGAGCAGAAUGCAAGCAGUAUGACACCAUGAUCACAGCUGAGACUGGUCUUCUUGGUCCAAGCCCUGCAGCUCGCCUCAGGGUGGCCUGGAACGAACUGCCUUCUGCCCUGAAACGCUACGCAAAGAAGGUGUAUGACUACAUUCCUGCAAUGUCUGGCUUGAUUAAAGAAAAGGAUGAAAACAGCGACAAGCAGCUCUCAUUUACCGUGGUUGCCACAUCUGACAAGAUCCUUGACAUCAUUUGGAAAACACCAACACAUACUGUCUACAAGAUGGCUUUGCAUCUUCCCAUUGCUCUGCCACUUGAAGAAAUCAAAGGUCUCACCCCCUUCGAUGAUGUUGCUGAUAAAGCCCACUUCUUGCUCGCCAAGGCUGGUGCAGCUGAAUGUAAAUUCAUCAAAGACACACUGACCACAUUCAACAACAGGAAGUACAAGAACGUGAUGCCGUUGUCUUGCUACCAAGUUCUGGCACAGGACUGCACCGAUGAGCUGAAAUUCAUGGUUCUGCUGAAGAAGGAUCAAAUUGAACAGAACCACAUCAAUGUGAAAAUUGCUGACAUCGAUAUUGACCUGUACCCGAAGAACACUGAAGUGAUUGUGAAGGUCAAUGGAAUGGAAAUACCCAUCAGCAACCUGCCAUACCAGCAUCCCACAGCUAAAAUCCAGAUCAGGCCAAAAGGUGAAGGCAUCUCUGUGUACGCUCCUAGCCAUGGUCUUCAUGAAGUCUACUUCGACAAGAACUCAUGGACGGUUAAAGUUGUGGACUGGAUGAAGGCACAGACCUGUGGACUCUGUGGAAAGGCCGAUGGGGAAGUCAGAGAGGAGUACCGCACACCCAACGGACGUGUGACCAAGAGCACAGUUAGCUUUGCUCAUUCCUGGGUUCUGCCAGCAGAGACCUGCAGGGACACCACUGAGUGCCGCAUGAAGCAUGAAUCUGUGAAGCUGGAGAGACAGGUGAACAUCCAUGGCCAGGAAUCCAAAUGCUUCUCUGUGGAGCCCGUGCUGCGUUGCCUGCCUGGCUGCUUCCCUGUGAAGACCACCACCAUCACUGUUGGCUUCCACUGCCUGCCUGCCGAUUCUGUUGCCGAGAAUCUGAGCAGCAUUUACCACGCCAGCGUGGACCUGAGGGAAACUGCAGAGGCCCACCUAGCCUGCAGCUGCACUGCUCAGUGUGCCCAAUAA